AUGUCUUUUCAGUGUGUGAGUUGCAAACAACUGAGAAGUGUUAUAGUCUUUCAAGGGAAGAGUGGUUAUUCCAACAUUUUGAACAGAGAAAUGAGGUGUUGUAGUUUUCUCCCUUCUAAAUUUUCGAAAAUGUGUUACCGGAUGAAGCAUAAGGUUACAGAUAAGAAGUUUGUGGAUAUAGAUCAACAUGGUGGAAAGAGCGCGUUGAAGUUGCGUAGGACGAAAGUAUUUUCUCUUAUGGAUUAUGACAUCCCUGCCCUAAUUGGAAAUAGAAGCGGUGAAAUAAAAUCUAAAAUGAAUCUGGAAGAGGAAGACAUCUCCUCGAUAUGUAAGAAAUUUUCAUCAAUUACUUUGGGUAGUGCUCCUAAAUUGGAUUUGUAUGAUGAAACUGCGUCAUAUUCUGAAGCAACAAUCAAUUCGGCAACGAAAGAUUUUGAACAGCCUUUUUAUGAUUCUUCAGAAUUAAAGGAGGUGCAAAAUACUCUCUCUGAAGCCCGGCCUUCUCUGCCUGUCGAUAUUUCUAGUGUAACAAACUUCACGCUAAAAAAAGAUGAUUCUUCUCGUUGUCCUUUAACACCUCAAUCAGUGUCUUCGAUAUAUGAAGAAAAAUUGGAUCAAGUUGCUAGGGAGGAUUCUCAAAAGAAAGUGGGGCUGCAAUCACAAUCAAACCUUACACUUAAUGAGUUAUUUCUUGACAAGCCUAUCAAUUACAUAGCUGGAUUAACUAGGAAGCAAUACGAGCAACUAGAUAACUGUGGGUUUCACACGUUACGGAAAUUGCUUCACCAUUUUCCGCGGUCAUACGCUAAUCUACAGAAUGCACAUUCUAAAAUUGAUGACGGACAGUAUAUGAUUUUUGUUGGAGAAGUCUUAUCUUCAAGGGGAGUCAAAGCUGGUUGUUCAUUUUCAUUUCUUGAGGUGAUUAUUGGUUGUCAAAUUGUAGACAUGGAAUCAGCUAAUGAGCAUCUGGCCGACAAAGUUGAGGAAAAGAAGACAAUUUAUUUGCAUUUGAAGAGAUUUUUCCGUGGCACACGCUUUACUUUUACGCCUUUCCUUAAUAGUAUUGCAACCAAGUAUCAUUCGGGAGACAUAGCGUGUGUGAGUGGCAAGGUUAGGACUAUGCGUGCUAUAGAUCACUAUGAGAUGAGAGAAUAUAACAUUGAUGUGCUUGAAGAUGGGAAAGAUUUGUCACUCUGUACUAAAGAGAGGCCAUACUGUAUCUACCCUUCAAAAGGGGGUUUAAACCCAACAUUUCUUCGGGACAUUAUUGCAAGAGCUUUACAUGCCUUGCCAGUCAAUGUUGAUCCAGUUCCUAGAGAUAUUACAGAGGAAUUCGGACUGUUAUGUCUUCAUGAUGCAUAUUUUGGAAUUCACAAACCGAAGGAUCUUAGUGAAGCUGAUCUUGCCCGCAAGAGACUUAUAUUUGAUGAAUUUUUUUACCUGCAGUUAGGACGAUUAUUCCAAAUGCUCGAUGGUCUUGGUACACAAAUAGAAAAGGAUGGAUUGCUAGAUAAGUAUAGAAGACCUGAAGUUAACAGUGUGCGUACUGAGGAAUGGUCCUGUCUCACGAAGAAGGUUUUGGAGCUCCUUCCAUACACUCUUACUCCUGGUCAACUGCAAGCUGUUUCAGAAAUUAUUUGGGAUUUAAAGAGGCCAGUUCCAAUGAAUCGGCUACUGCAGGGUGAUGUUGGAUGUGGGAAAACUAUUGUUGCUUUUCUUGCAUGUAUGGAGGUUAUUGGUUCUGGCUAUCAGGCUGCUUUCAUGGUUCCAACUGAGUUGCUUGCAAUCCAGCAUUAUGAACACUUGCUUACCUUGCUUGAAAACUUGGAUGAGGUCGAGUUCAAGCCGACUGUUGCAUUACUCACUGGUUCGACCCCACUAAAACAAUCGCGGAUGAUUCGUAGGGGUAUCCAGACCGGAGAAAUUUCAAUGGCCAUUGGAACCCACAGUUUGAUUGCAGAAAGAGUGGAAUUCUCAGCCUUACGUAUUGCUGUGGUGGAUGAGCAGCAUCGCUUUGGUGUGAUUCAAAGAGGAAGGUUUAACAGUAAGUUAUUUUAUAAAUCUACAAUUUCGAGUAUGGAAGAUGAUGCUAUUACAGACGGGUCCUCAAAGAGUGAUGAUUAUAUGGCUCCACAUGUUCUUGCCAUGUCUGCUACUCCCAUCCCAAGGACACUUGCGCUUGCUUUGUAUGGUGAUAUGUCACUAACACAGAUAACCGAUUUACCACCAGGAAGAAUUCCUGUUCAAACAUAUGCCAUUGAAGGAAAUGAAAAAGGGUUCGAGGAGGCCUACGAGAUGAUGAUGGAUGAGUUGAAAGACGGCGGGAAAGUUUAUCUCGUGUACCCAAUUAUUGAGCUUUCAGAGCAGUUACCUCAGCUUCGUGCUGCUUCUGCAGAUCUCAAAUCUAUCUCAGACCGGUUUCCAGGAUACAAUUGUGGUUUAUUACAUGGAAGAAUGAGAAGUGAAGAAAAAGAAGAAACGUUAGGGAAGUUCAGGACUGGAGAAUUGCAUAUACUACUUGCCACUCAAGUAAUUGAAAUCGGUGUUGAUGUUCCAGAUGCAUCGAUGAUGGUCGUGAUGAACUCUGAGAGGUUUGGAAUGGCCCAAUUACACCAACUCAGGGGCCGAGUUGGACGUGGAACAAGGCAGUCAAAAUGUAUAUUAAUAUCAUCAACUGUCAGCGGCCUUAAUCGUCUGAAAGUACUGGAGGAAUCAUCAGAUGGGUUUCAUCUCGCUAAUAUGGACCUAUUAUUACGUGGACCUGGUGACUUGCUUGGCAAGAAACAAUCCGGGCAUCUUCCUGAGUUUCCUAUUACCAGAUUGGAAGUGGAUGGGAAUAUCUUACAGGAUGCACAUGUCGCUGCACUGAAAAUCUUAAGUGCUUCCCCUGACCUGGAGCAAUUUCCUGCACUUAAACUCGAGCUCGGCAUGAGACAACCGCUUUGCCUGCUAGGCGAUUGA